AUGGCUGACCAAUAUUCCGGCUACGGUGCUCCGCAGGAUUUCGGCGGUCCGAUGCAAUUUUCGGUUCCUCCGCCGUCGCUUUCGUCGGCCAAUUUCAGCCAGCCUCUUCCGAUGGGAGGGGGUGGUGGCGGCGGCGGAAGUGCCGGUGGCUAUAAUGCUCCUCCCCCUUCGGUCGGCGGCUAUGGCAACCAAUCCCAGAGCUCGGCAGGCGGCGGCUACGGAUACGGCGGUGGAAACCGCGACGGAGGAGGAAACCGCGGAGGUGGCGGCGGUGGCUACGGAAACGGUGGACCUCGAGGUGGUAACCAAUCCGGUGGCUACAGCAGUGGCGCCGGCAACAAGGGUAGUUAUAAUAAUAAAGCAGAUAGUGGUGAAAUGGUCACCCAAGAGGAUACGAUCUUCAUUCAGGGCAUGAAUACGGAAACGACCAAAGAAGAAAUUACCGAACGCUUCGGAUCGAUCGGUGUGAUCAAGAAAGACAAACGCACCAUGAAGCCCAAGCUCUGGAUGUACAAGGAUAAGGAAACUGGCAAUAUGAAGGGAGAGGCCACCGUCACCUACGAGGACACCAAUGCCGCGCAGUCCGGUUGGUUCGACAACAAGGAAUUCAAAGAAUCGGUUGUGAAAGUUUCACUCGCCCAGCGGUACAACACCUGGCAGAACAAGGGAGGAAGCCGUGGUAGUUUCAACAAGGGCGGAUUCGGCGGCCGUGGUGGAGAUCGCGGAGGCUAUGGUGAUCGGGAUGGUGGUGACCGAGGCGGCUCUCGCGGAGGUGGCCAGCAGGGUGGUGGCCGCUUCGGAAGCGGUGGCGGCGGCGGCGGAGGUGGUGGUGGCCAGGAACGUGAAGGAUAUUGGACCUGCGGAGAUUGCAGCAAUAAGAACUUUGCCUGGCGAAACGAAUGCAAUCGGUGUAAGGCUCCGAAAGGUGGUGGUGGCCAGGAACGUGAAGGAUAUUGGACCUGCGGAGAUUGCAGCAAUAAGAACUUUGCCUGGCGAAACGAAUGCAAUCGGUGUAAGGCUCCGAAAGGUGAUGAUGUCGCUGGAGGCGGAGGUGGCGGCGGCGGUGGUGGUUUUGGAGGCCGUGGUGGUGGCCGAGGAUCGUUCGGCGGCGGUCCAAGAAACAGCGGUGGAGGCGGUCGUGGUGGAUUCGGUGGUGGUAAUCGCGAUUGACGAUAUGGCGGCAGAAUUGGUGGUGCCAUGCGUGGAGGCGACAGAAAUCGCGACCAGCGACAACGGCCGUACUAAACCAGAAUUGGUAGAUAUUCCAGAAUAAAUGUAAGAUUAAA